CACGUCAAGAGAGACUUGACUAGCGAGUUGGUGCAGGUCGUGCUAACUACAUGUUCUACUGCUCAUGUAUGUGGAGUAAAUAACGCGCCGCGGAGACCUGGCAUUGUACGGUCGAUGUUGUAAAGUAUCAGGGUGGGAGCUCCGUUCAGUCUGUGGACUCUUGGAGCUAACCGUCUCUCUCGGAGCUCCAGCUAACUGCUAACGUUAGCUGGAGCUAGCUCUCCAGCUACACCCCUCGCGUUACAACUGGAAACCAUUCACAGCUGCUCCUUGUAUUGCUUCUAUCGAUUUGAUUCUACCCCCCUCUCCAACCAGACUUCAGACCUGUCAGUGACUCUCAAACUUUUCUUCUGGCCACUGCGGACCACCUCAUCCCCUCUCAGGGCUUCAGAGACAUCAGCAUCCACCCCACACCCCCAAGUAAACUCGGUCCGGAGAGAGGAGGGCAGAGGAGUGUAGCGGAAGUUGUGUUUGUGUUUCCGGGUCCCGGAAGAUGCUGCGACCUCUGUCCCAUUGUUGUGUAUUUCACUGCGUGAUGAGGACGGCGGAGUAAAAGACGCCGGUGUUUGGUGCCCUAAAGAGAGAAACGUCACCAACUCCUGGACGUGGUGAAACGGAGCUCCAAAGAGCAGCUUGGGGAGAAGUUGAUGAGAGACACUUCAACAUGGACUCUGAGAGGAAACUGUCAGCUGGCCAGCGGAGAGAUGUCCAGAAAGUGAUUGUUGGUGAAGAACAUCAGCAGGAGUGGAGCUCCAGUCUGGACCAGGAGGACACAAAGCCCCCACACAUUAAAGAGGAACAGGAGGAACUCCGGAUCAGUCAGGAUGAAGAGCAGCUUCAAGGGCUGGAGGAGGCUGAUAUCAAGUUCCCAAUAACUCCUGUCCUUGUGAAGACUGAAGACGAUGAAGAGAAACCAGAGUUCUCACAGCUUCAUCAAAGACAAACUGAAGAGAUAAAAACAGAAGCUGAUGGAGAGGACUGUGGAGGACCAGAACCAGACAUGAACUCGGAUCCAGAUACACAUUUACAACCAGCUGCUGAUGACUGUUCUGAACCUGAGACUGAUGACAGUAAUGAUUGGAGGGAGACCAGAGAAACUCAGUCAGGUUUGAACUCUCUGAAUAACAAAGUCUCUGAUCCGAGAUGUACCGGUGACAAACCAUUUAGCUGCUCUAAAUGUGGGAAACAAUUCAGCACCAACGGACAUCUGAAGAGGCACAUGAGAUCUCAUACAGGAGAGAAACCAUUUUGCUGCUCUGUCUGCCAGAAAUAUUUUAAACAAAGUGAACAUUUACAGACGCACAUGAAAAUCCACACGGGAGAGAAACAAUUUAGCUGCUCACUCUGUAAGAAAGCUUUUAUAGUGAGAGGAAAUCUACGGAAACACAUGAGAAUCCACACAGGAGAGAAACCGUUUAGCUGCUCAGUCUGUAGAAAAGCUUUUACAGUGAGUGGGAAUUUACAGAAACACAUGAGGAUCCACACAGGAGAGAGGCCGUUUAGCUGCUCAGUCUGUAAGAAAGCUUUUAGAGAAAGUGGACAUUUACAGAAACACAUGAGAAUCCACACAGGAGAGAAACCAUUUUGUCGUGUGGAGUCGAGCUCCGGUCUGGAAGCUUUUCCUUCAGAUGUCCAGAAAGUGAUUGUUGGUGAAGAACAUCAGCAGGAGUGGCGCUCCAGUCUGGACCGGGAGGACACAAAGCCCCCCCACAUUAAAGAAGAACAGGAGGAACUCCAGACCAGCCAGGAGGGAGAGCAGCUUCAAGGGCUGGAGGAGGCCGAUAUCAUCAAGUUCCCAUUCACUCUGGUCCCUGUGAAGAGUGAAGGUGAUGAAGAGAAAACUCAGUCCUCGCAUCAAAGACAAACCGAACAAAUGAAAACAGUAGCUGAUGGAGAGGACAGUGGAGGACCAGAGCCAGCCAGGAACUCGGAUCCAGAUGCACAUUUGCAACCAGAUACCUACAAGACUGGGUACUCUGCAGAACCUGAGACUGAUGACUGGAAGAAGGCCAGAGUAACUCAGUCUGGUUUAAACUCUCUGAAUAGCAAAGUCUCGGUCUUUGAUCUGAGAUGUACUGGUGAGAAACCUUUUGGCUGCUCUAAAUGUGGGAAAAGAUUUGGCAUAAAUGGACAUUUGAAGAGGCACAUGAGAUCUCACACAGGAGAGAAACCAUAUAGCUGCUCCGUCUGCAAGAAAUAUUUUAAACAGAGUGGGCAUCUACAGACGCACAUGAAAAUCCACACGGGAGAGAAACAAUUUAGCUGCUCAGUCUGUAAGAAAGCUUUUACAGCGAGUGGAAAUUUACAUAGACACAUGAGAACCCACACAGGAGAGAAACCGUUUAGCUGUUCAGUCUGUAAGAAAGCUUUUACAGGGAGUGGUAAUUUACAGAAACACGUGAGGAUCCACACAGGAGAAAAACCAUUUAGCUGCUCAGUCUGUAUGAAAGCUUUUAGAGAGAGUGGACAUUUACAGAAACACAUGAGAACCCACACAGUAGAGAAACCAUUUAGCCGUUUGGAGUGGAGCCCCAGUCUGGAAGGUAAAAAUGAAUAAGUCUCUAGAAGUGAUCUGACAUCAGUGGGUCCUUAACUAGUCUAUAAUCCAAUAAUUAUAAUUUUAAUCUUUGAAUUGUCUUAAAAAUGAUUUUGAUAGCCCAUAAAAAUGGAUUUGGAUUACGACGGUAACGUUACUGUUGUGAAAUUGCGUUAUAUUCAGUGAAUCAUUUUAUAUUUAUAUUGGGGCGGGGGGGGGUUAUGUUGCUCCAUGAUGUAACAGAAUUAUCGAAACAAAACCAUCAUGGAACCAAUGUCCACUAAUGCAAACUUUGCAACCAGGUCAGAAUUAAUCGCAGCACACCCGGCUUGUGUGACACAAUGUGGUGUGUGGGCUAAUGUUGUAUCUCCUGGAUUAUUUUGUGCAUGUGUGAAAUUGUUUCUGUUAAUGUUCCUUUCAUCGAAUGGGGCUAAGUGCAAUUUCAAUGAGAUCUGGCUCGAGAAUGGAGCACAUUGUACUUGGUUAAACGUACAAUAUGUAACUUUCUGCCGCUAGGGGUCUCUCAACCAAAACAAUGGACGGUAAAACUGGACUUUUGAUGACGUUGUGAAGUUGC